CUUAGAAACUAGGUGGCAAGAGCCCAACUGAUGCAUGCUGGGAAAUACCGGAAGGGCCAGAGCCGGACCUAACUCUUAGCUGCCAGUGUUAUCCUGGAGAAGGGCAAACAGCUGUUUCCUAGCCAUCUCACGGUUCUCAGGCUGUGGUCUGUUCUGAGCAGGGGUUAUCGUUCAAGUUGUUAGUAGAAUUCCUGCUUUAAGUAAAUGGUUUCAUAACCUCGUCUUCCACAGUAUAAUCAUGAGAGGCAUAGAGAGCUGUAUCUCUGUCUCUGGACUCCAACAGGGGUGAAUUUAAAUGACUUAAUAGGAUUGACACAGAAGUGGCUGAGACUGGCCGGAAGGUGGCGAUCUACAUACCCCCACCAUUGCUUAACAUCCUUCUUCCAUGGGGCAUCCUGUCUCUAUGCAGAGGAUCCUGACAAGCCCAGGAUGCAGGAUGGGAACCACAGGCACAAAAACAACAUGAAACAAAACAUGUGGCUCAUUAGCUCCCCACAACGGACUUCUGCCACCAAAGUUGAUUACCGGAAGUAUGUGGCUGUAAACCUGGCUACCUCACACCCUCAUUACGACGAGGCUGGAAAUGUCCUUAACAUGGGUACCUCCAUCGCGGACAAAGGAAGGACAAAAUACGUGAUGUUUAAGAUCCCCGCCACAGCACCAGGCAGCAAGAAGAAAGGGAAGAACCCCUUGAAGCACUCAGAAGUUUUCUGCUCCAUCCCGUCCCGCUCGCUGCUCUCCCCCAGUUACUACCACAGCUUUGGAGUCACGGAGAACUAUGUGGUGUUUCUGGAGCAGCCUUUUAAGCUGGAUAUCCUCAAGAUGGCCACCGCAUACAUGAGGGGUGUGAGCUGGGCUUCCUGUAUGACAUUCUGCAAGGAGGACAAGACUUACAUUCAUAUCAUCGACCAGAAGACCAGAAAGCCUGUGCCAACCAAAUUCUACACAGACCCCAUGGUGGUCUUCCACCAUGUUAAUGCCUAUGAGGAGGACGGCUGUGUGCUGUUUGAUGUCAUCGCCUAUGAGGACAACAGUCUCUAUCAGCUCUUCUACCUGGCCAACCUGAACAAGGACUUCGAGGAGAAGUCCAGGCUGACCUCAGUGCCUACCCUCAGGAGGUUUGCUGUGCCCCUCCACGUGGACAAGGAUGCAGAAGUGGGCUCGAAUUUAGUCAAGGUGUCAUCUACAACAGCAACUGCCCUGAAGGAGAAGGACGACCAUGUCUACUGCCAGCCUGAGGUCCUCUACGAAGGCCUAGAGCUCCCUCGGAUAAAUUAUGCUCACAACGGGAAGCCAUAUCGCUACAUCUUUGCUGCUGAAGUACAAUGGAGUCCAGUCCCAACCAAGAUACUAAAAUAUGACGUUCUCACCAAGUCCUCCUUAAAGUGGUCCGAGGAGAGCUGCUGGCCUGCAGAGCCUCUGUUUGUCCCCACACCGGGUGCGAAGGAUGAGGAUGAUGGAGUCAUCUUAUCAGCCAUCAUCUCUACAGAUCCCCAAAAGCUGCCCUUUUUACUUAUUCUGGAUGCGAAAAGUUUUACGGAAUUGGCUCGCGCCUCUGUUGAUGUGGACAUGCACCUGGACCUGCAUGGUUUAUUUAUUCCGGAUGCAGGCUGGAAUGCAGUGAAGCAGACUCCAGCCAAAACGCAAGAGGAUGAAAAUUCAGAUCAUCCCACAGGUCUGACAGCACCAGGAUUGGGCCAUGGUGAAAAUGACUUCACGGCAGGUCAUGGCGGCAAGAGCCUUUAAUCCUAGCACUCGAGGCAGAGGCAAGCAGAUCUCUGAGUUCAAGGCCAGCCUGGUCUACAACACAAGUUCCAGGACAGCCAGGGAUACACAGAGAAAUCCUAUCUUGAAAACAAAGCAAAACAAAAACAAAAGAAAGAAAGACUUCACUGGCAGGACCUCCGGAUAGUAACUGUAGUUGUUGACACUGUCAAAUGUGGACCGCAUUUAGGAUACCUAAAGAAACAAACUUUUGGGCCUGUCUGUGAGAGAGCUUCUUUAUUGUGUUAACUGGGCAAGGAAGAUCCAACCUGAAUGUGGUAGCACCUGUCCCCUGAACAGAGGUCAGGACUGAAUAAAAAGGAAAAAGCCUGAAGCAGGACUUUU